AUGCUGGGCCUCGAGGACCUCGCCAUUCUCUUUGUGUCAUGCAGCAUCUCCUACUGCAGCUGGUACUUUUCCACCGGUCCACUCCGUCGCUGGGCCCGCGACACGCCCCAUGGCCCGCGAUUCUUGCUAAUCUACGGCAGCUUUCUCGUGAGUGUCGCCUCGAACCAACUGUGGUCGAACUACCUGACUACCCAGCAGCUUCCGCUGGUUCUCCGAGCCUACCAUCUUCAGCAACAUACUGCGCUGGGCAACCAUAUGUCGACUUCUUUGAACAUCACUGGGGCGCUGACCGCCCUUGUUGACGUGGGGAUGCUCAUCGGGAAUCCGGAACUGGCAGCGUGGCUGCUCAAUCCGUGGUCCCUGCUGGUGAUGAACAUUCUGUGGGUGAAUCUCUUGAUCUCGAGCUUUUUCGCUCUUGAACUGGCGCUGACAGUUAUCUGGCUUCCAGGUGUUCAUGACGAGUAG